AUGGCUUCAACCCCCGAUAGCCGGGCGCAGGCUCUGAAGCGCAAGUCGCCGAGUGCAGAGUCUGGUCUUGAGUCGACAGCCAAGCGCCACAGUCUUUCUGGAUAUGAUCCGCAAGCCCCGUGGCUGUAUGAGGGCAAGCCUGCUGGAGGAUGGCGCACACACGGGAAUCCCAAUGUGCAACAUUCACUGCCGCUGGCGAAUAUGGUGUCUGCCGUGCAGGACCUGAUUGACCCGGACUUCGAUCCGCUGACGGCGAUGUUGGACGAGGAGCCUCGGUUUUUAAAGCCACUACCAGCUCGCAUCGCGCCGGAGGACUUGGAGUUCCUGCGAUUCCGUGGCGCGCUCUCGCUGCCGGAGAGCGGUCUGCGGGAUGAGCUGCUUCGCUGUUAUAUUCAAUGGGUGCAUAGUUUUAUGCCAGUCUUGAACUUACAGGAGUUCUUGCGGUGUGUGGCAGAAAAUGAUCCAGAGGGGAAUGUUAGCAUCUUGCUUUUUCAGGCAGUGAUGUUCGUCGGCACGGCAUUUGUUGAUCUUAAGCAUCUGCAGGAUGCAGGAUACUCGACUCGGAAGAGCGCGCGGAAUGCGUUCUUUACCCGCUUAAGGCUACUCUACUCUCUUGACUGCGAAGAGGACCGCAUUGUAAUUCUACAAACAUUACUACUGAUGACCUACUGGUCUGAUCCUGAGAACAGCCCACAGCGAGAUAUCUGGGAUUGGAUUGGAGUAUGCAACACUCAAUCACAAUCGAUCGGGUUAAAUCAAGAUCCUGCCUCGGGCGAUAUGGAUGUAAGAACUCGACGACUCCGCGCUCGGCUCUGGUGGUGUCUGUACUCCCGAGAUCGGCUCAUCGCCAUGGGCAUGCGUCGCCCACUUCAAGUCAAUGAUGGAACAAGCAAUGUGCCUAUGCUCAGGCUAGAUGACUUUGAUUUUGAACCUUUCGCUCCAUCUGUGAUUGCCAACUACCGCUGUCGCCAAUUGGAAGACGUGUCACAUCAGAAACGUCUCUCCAUCAUGUUUAUUGAAAAGAUGAAGCUUUGUCAGUGUAUUGGUAGGGUAUUAUUUGCCCAAUACACACCUUCACAGCGUCAAUUUGGGACCACAAACCGGACUACAGUCACACUUGUCCCCCGUCAAGCUUCAGAGUCCGAGUUUGCUCGGUGCGGUCAAAAGCUCGACUCAUGGCUCAGUACACUUCCCAAAGAUGCACAAUUCAUACCCAAAACGAAAAACAACUUUCGUGAUGGUGAGGAUGUUUUGUUGCUCCAUGGCGCAAUGUUGCGUAUGCUUUACCAUGCUACCAGUAGCGCACUUCAUCGUCCUUGGGCAGCUGCUUCAAAGGACCAGUCCAAGUCACGCACUGAGUUGUGCAAUACUGCCCGCAUAAAAAUGCACGAUGCUGCCAGCGGAAUUACACAUAUUAUACAGGGGUUGAAUCAACUCAAUCUGACGCGGUUCCUGCCACAGUCCGGGGUCACUGUGAUUCUACCUGCUGCCGUGGCACAUCUGUCUAACACCAUGUCCGACAACCCGGCUGUCCGCGAAAGCAGCGUAUAUAACUUUCACCGUUGUAUACAAGUACUGCAUUGUCUAAAAGAUAUCUAUCCAGCCGCAGACCAGGAGUACGCCAAUAUCGAAGCCGCCAUCAAAAUGCAGUCUGGUGCCUCCAGUACCUUCUUCCAGGUCAUGCAAUACAACCUAGACGCCCCAGCCAUAUCCUUGACAACAAGAAAGCCAAGCAACCCCGACCCCAUACCCAUACCGCAAUAUCAUCCACUUCUCACCGAUCCGCCUACCCCCAAGGCCGAUACCCCAGUCCCACGAGCGCAAGCUACACCCACCCAAGGUGGUCUCCCAACCCCGAGGAACUCUACCACAGAGACCACUCAGGAUUCUUCUCUGCCUCUCUUCUCCAACGACUUUGACCAAUUUGUCGACCCCAACACCGUCGAUAACAACCCCUUCAACUACUUCUCAAUCGACAUCGAUUCAUUCCCGGAUAUACCCACCCCUACCGCAAAUCCCAACACGGAUGGAAACAAUAUAUCACCAACCACCGCACAAGAUGACAACCUAGACUGGACAAGAGACCUAUUCCGAGACACUGACUUGGGUCAAUUUGGCAAGACGCAGUCCUUCGAGUCGCAAAAAGCGCCCCAGCAUGAACAAGAGCAGGAUCUUUUCUCGUUUGGGUUGAAGGAAAUGGAUAACGACCUCCCCGGCACACACUCGCGCCAUCAAUCUAUGAGUGAUGCUAGGCCUGGUAUUACGGGUGACCUAGAUCGGGAUCUAGGGUUCCAGUCUGGGGAUGAUAUGUUUUAG